GUAUCAUUCGCUACUAUGGGAGGCAGUGGUGAUCAUGGUCAUGAUGGCCAUGAUGAUCUUACUAGGGAAGAACUCUUUAAAGAGUUCAAACCAAGCAUUAAAUACCGAUUUACUAGUAUCGUUGGGUCAAUAAUUGACAAACCUGUCUCUCUUUUUCGCGAACAAGUUGUUAACAAAGUUCGCACUCCAUACCCAUAUUAUCAUAAGCGGUACGACCGUGUUCCAACGAUUGACCAGUGUUUAACUAAUGACUUGGCUUGCAUCGAGGAGGCCAAUCAGCAAUUUCAUAGAGACCGGCUAGUGGAUCUCAAUAUAGUUCGUAUUCUGCGAAAACGCAAAAACGAAUGUAUGCGGUGGUACAAUUAUGAAAAAGAAGAUGUUUAUCAAUUCUGUGGUCCUAUGUUCACUGAAUAUGAAGAUGCAGCCGUCAACUACUACAUUAAAUAUUGCUCGUUGAAGCAAACAUGGGUUUAAAUAAUUUAAAAUUGAGUGCCCACUCCAGUUAAGCGCAGUUCGUACUUUAAUUUACGACUGUUGCUAAGUGUAUGACCAAUUUGUGUUGAUUUUCAUUCACUUAAGAAUUGUAAGUCAAUAUAACGAGUUAGUAAAUUCAGUCUUUUAAUCAAUUAUUGUUUACAGUGCAAUCAUUCCAAAUCACUAAUUGAUCGGUAAUGUACUCAUUAUUUUAACAAUUGAAUUGUCAUAUAGUCUACAACACUUGUCUUCCUAAAUUGCAAACCAGUCGAUAAUCGUAGAUGUUGCGUGAUAUGACUUAACAUCAGUCCUAGUGAUGCAGACGCACAUUUUUACACUUAUCUAGAUCCUAAGUUUUAGUGUUAUGCCAUUCUUUAUAUUCCAAUCGAUACUCGAUCUGUACUAAGGACUAAACGCAACCGAAAUUACCGUGUGUAACCAGCUACGUUUUACAGUCUACGAACAUCUUUAUUAUAUAUAAUCCCUAGGACAGUGAUAAAUGGCGUCCCACCAUUGGUAAUCUACGAAUUAGUGCAGACACCAACCCUGUCCGUUACCCAUCACCACACAUCACUCCCUUCAGACUAUGAAUUUUCGUGUAUGCCUUUCAGUUUAUGGUAACUCCAACCAAUGUACAUAUGUGCUAGGUUCUAUAUUUCAAAUGACUGACUAGGUUUAAGAAAUGUUGCCCAGACUUUUCAGAGAUUCGUCGAUGACGUACUUUUCAAUAUAAUCAACGGGACUACAUGCAUAAGUUAUUCAGAGGUCUUGACUUCGUGCAUGCACACCUUGAUUACUGUCUUAUCGCAAUACCAGACAAUCUCUGUAACGAAUAGACUUUAAAUAUUUUGUCUGAACGGAACGAACUGAGGUUUAUUCGAUUAUAUUAAUUUAUGUCCUUCUGUUUAGUUUACGAAGCUUCUUUGAGUCUCUCAAUCAAAGAUUUUAUCAAAACACAUUUUGUACUUAAUUUAAUAACUGUCAGUCUUUUCAUCACAAUACAUUUACUCAUUCCUUUUAUAAGAUGGAGAAUUACACUGGUCAACAAGUGUUGUUGAUGCUUUUAUGAAACAGAAACAUCGUUUACUAUGGGAAAAACGUUACGGCCCAGUUGGUAAAGCCUCUGAUGAGAAAAAGAAACUAGCUGCAGCUGGUGAUAAAGCAACUAAAGAGGGAAAUUUCAUUUCGAAAAUACGAGAAAUUGGGUUUGGUAGAGAUAUACCGAAAGAAGUUCAUCUGUAGUUUACUGGUAAGCAACCCAAUGUAUAUAUAUGAACACAACCUUUAAUAUCAUUGUUAAUGUAAUGAAAAUAUUGAACUACUAUUCGAUAAUAAUGAUAAAGUUGGUUUUUGCCAAGGGAUUCAAUUGGAGAACCAAUAAAAACUGGGGUCACCAGACAGUUGUAAGUAGACGUCUACAACCCUACCGGAGACAGUCCAGGACCUUCCGUUUUUGUGGUAAUCCUGUAACUCAUUAGACUGCUAGGUUUGAAUUCAGUGGCCCACAUUCCCGAAUUCAACCGAUCCCUGACAUAAUUCUGACCCUUUUGACAUGUCUACAACAUAAAAGUGUACUCUUUGUUAUCCACACAAUGCUGAUUUAAAUCGAAAAAAAUCUUUUGAGGAUCGAAUUACUUUUCGAUGUACCUCUACUUUUGUUAUAUGAAGCAUACGUUGGCGUUAUACAUACUCCCAAGCUGUAGUUCUCACUGAUGAAUCAAUGUUUUCCUGUUGUGUUUUAAAGCACUUGUGAUUGGACAGCCGACUUUCGACUGUAGCGUUUUAGAUUCAAAUCUCGCAUUAUUUUCAGUUUGUAUAAGCAGAUGGUAUCGUUGCUGGUACUCAUAAAAAUACAGGUUAUUCAAAUCUAAGUACACAAACCUGUUUGUUUUAGUUAUAUGUUAACAGUUAUUUUUCUCGGCAUUUGGAAUUCGUAUCUUAAUUGUAAAAAAUAAAAGGUGUAGUAGGACCUCUCAGUGUAUAAUCUUGUAAAAUAUCCAUCUCUAUGCCUCUUUCACUUGGAGGGGCAGGGAUUUGUGUUUAGGGCAUUCGACCCUCAGUCACCAAGUCCCUGAUCCGAACACUAUUCUGUCUACUUCAGUUUAGAUAACCGGAAAUAUCAAUUUACUCCUCACACUCAGAGUGUAGCUGGAACUUAAUCACUGGACAGAUGAGUUAACUUAUUAUUGCUAUCGUCUUUUUAUUUUUCUGAAAAGAAUCUAGGUAGCUCCAAGUGUUUAUUAUUACCGAACUUCAAAGAUGGAUAUGAUACAAUUCUCGUAUGGUUAUAGCCUACUGGAAUACUUCUUCCUGCUUAUUAUCGUGCUUGCCGAAUAAGUUUUUUUUUAAAAAAAGAUAGUCUUCAGAUUCUUCAUUGAACCUGCUGACUUUCUAACAAUGUUGUUUAAUAUUACAUAUGCAUAGUCUUAUUCAUUACGCAAUCUAACUGCACACCUAAUCAAUCGUGUUUCUUCUUUGUCCCUAACAAAGAAUAUUCUUAGGUUUGAAAAUUUCAAUUUGUGACAAAUAAUAGUGACAGUAUAAAAAGUGUUGAUUUUUCGGUUUGUCUCGUCAUCUUCAGUAGCUGAUCUAAUUAUCAUUUAGUCAGAUUAUUGAAUCAAUUUUAAAACCAAAUUAAUUUGUAAUAUAGGAUGUAUAGAGGCAGUUGUCAAGACUAAAGAUUCCAGAGAUUUGUCGAAAAAUUGUUGAUUUCACGGCACAAGUAAACGUGAAACAAUUUUCAAAAAUCUUAGGUGUUUACUAAUUCAAUUAUUUUUAUGUAUGUUGUUAAAUAAGCUGUACAGGAUGAUUCGGGUAUGAAGAAGUAUUGCUUAAGACGUUAUUGUGGGAACUGACUAGUUAAUUUGUAAGGUUAAGAUUUUUUACUUUGGUAGAAGUAUUCCGAAGAACUACAACGUCAAAAUGCGGUGUAUAAAGAUUGUUUUAUGAACCAGUUUUGACUUUUAAUGGCUAGUCAAGAAAUUGAAGUUGUUUUUGGAAAAGUUGAGACAACGUCUAGACCAAUAUUAUUUUGAUAAAUUAAAAAAUCCAUAAUGAUUUGGAAAGGGAUUUGUGGUGGCACAAUGCAUUCAAUAAGUAGGAUACCUGUUAAGCAUAAUAAUUUGUAGUUUGAAUAUCUCAUUUGGAAGAGUAAACAUCUUACCUAGAGGCGAGCUUUGUAAAUAACUCAAUCGUUUAUAAGCAGUUUUAAUGAGUUAAGUUGCUUUUCUGUGCGUGACGAACAGUCUAUCUAGGUUGAGUUUAUGUCAUGUCAUUUCAAUAAGGCUAUUUAUGUACUGCGUAAACAACGUACUGAGAUAUUUGACUACAUAAAAAGUGAAAUGUCCAUCAAAGUGACGAUUCAAGUUAUGUUAUAUAUUAUAACGUGCUUCGUAAGAUCAUUUAGCGAUCAUUGUAUAAUUAGCAAGAAGUUCGGUGAGUUAUUUAGUUCCAUCUGGUUAGAAUAGUCAAAUAAUAUACGGAUUGUAUAUUAGAAAUAGAUCGAUUUAGGUUGAUGACCACGAAGAAUUGUUAAAUAUAGGCUAGAUAAGAUGCUUUGUUCCCUAUUUUAAGUACGUAUCCCAUUAAAGCAUUAACAAAAAAGCAUGCUUAUGUUACUGAUUCACAUGUAAGCUAUCGUUGGAAAACCCGAGGGACAUUCUUAACUUUACGGCUCAUGUGCGAAACAGAUACGAUUUUUGUCAACCAGUAAAUCGAGAAUGUUUUAUAAGUCGAGAUGGGAGUCUAUACUACGUAAAACAAUUAAGUAGUCUGAAAUCUUACAUAAGAACUUAGUAGUCAAAAGUUUGAGAUUCUGAUCUUUGUGUGGAUACAAAUCUCAUCAAGAACCAGUCUUAAGUGUUGACACUUUUGUUUUUGAUAAGUAACGAACCACCACUGAAUGAACACUUUCCCUUCUUUUUUCAUAGUGCUCUAAGCGUUUAGAUACCAUAGCUUGGUGGGAUAAUCGAAAUGUUCUUGUCCUGUUUUAUACAUUCUAUUUGUAAACUUGGUUCAUGCUCUAAUUAGAUUACAUUCCUUCUCAGAAAAUGUUUAGUCUCAGGAUUAUUUACCUAUCGAUUAAUCACAUUCAACCAUUGUAGUUCAAUUCAUUCUAGACAAUUAUUGUAUAUUAGGCUAAGCUGUUACACAACAUAUCCGUCUCCUUAAAGGAACGAGCAUGUCUGAUUAGUACCACAAACAACAACGUACAAUCAUUUAGAUUGAAUGAUAAUCUCUAGAAUAACGAUCUAUCCAUUUUCUCCUAAAAACUGAACAUACCAUUCGAAAAUAAAAGAUCACAUGUUUUUAUGAACAAACUUAUUUGAACUUAUUUUUUUUACAACUUUUAAGAUCUCAUCCAUAAAAUUGAACUGUUGUAUUCUAUCAUCAUGUAUGUUACAAGUCGUCUCUUUGUAAUCUAAAUUAAAAAAGGAUGGAUAGGUCAGAUAAAUAGCAUAAGCAAGAAACAUUCAAACAAAAACGAAGCAAAACAGCCAGAUUACAUAUCUUGGAUUUCAGAAUGUGUUGUCGUAGCAAAACAUCGAUCUGGAUAAGCUUUAGCCUAAAUAUCAGAUCUACUUUGAAUUGAUAUGUAUUCAGUAUGUUAUGUCGUAGUUAUGUAUGUUAAAGUGUUGAUUUUUUGCAACAAAUAAAUUGUAUAUUCUUGCGUGGUUG